UGUGUCAUCCUUAUCCGGUGUCAGCAGCUGCAGAUGGGCUUCACUUGGAUCCAUGGCUCGGUACGGGGUUGAACUUCUGGUGGUGCUGGCUGGUUCUCUGCUGCUGGUUUCAGCUCAGAAAUGGGAGUGGAUCAAUGAAGAUGAGCUUCUUAGUAUGUACCAGAUGAGAGAUUUUAAUCGGCAGCAAAGCACUGUAGCGCCAGGUAUAAUCAGUGAGUCUGACUCUGAUGACGAACUACUCGAAGAGGACUUUUCUGAAGUUGAUGGUGGUGCUACCACUGAAGACCUGGACCGUUUUACUGGCCUCGAGUAUCAGGUGAACCAGGGAGAGACUGGGCCAAACAGCUGGAUCAGAGGAAGCGAUGGUGGAUACCAUGUGGAAUUUGUAGACUCCCCUGAGCCAAACUGGUCCAGUAGUGCAGACGAUGACGAUGAGAUUGAGUUUAUAGAAGCCCAACCGAGGAGCUGGAUUGGCAGCAGCACUCCCAGUCCUGGUGGGCUAGAUGUAGUCUGCAGUGACAACGGCUUCCAAAUAACUCUGCUGACUGGUUCAUUAAGAGAUGUUCAAGUGUUGGGCUCAAAGGACCUGCUGUCUGUCACGGAAGCUCCUGAAUCUUGUGGUUAUGACAUAAAUCUUUUCAGCAACAUUUUGAGUGUACCCUUCACUGGGUGCAAUGUGAAACAUGGUGACGGCUACAGCCUGCAGCUGUUGUUCGUUGAUGAGUUUGGUCAGACAAAACUUACAACUGCAUCUUGUGAGGAACUCCCAGAGUCUGAACUGGGCCUCUCCCCACGUGCCACUGGUCAGUCCAACCCCUCUAAGUGCAGUAACCCAUCAACCACAAAGGCACAAAAUUGUGCUGUUGCCACAGGGGAGCGGGUGACUUGUGGUCAAUCAGGAAUAUCUUCUGCAGAUUGUGAGAAGAUGGGAUGCUGUGUGGAUUCUUCCACAUCUGCCUGCUUCUACCCAACAGAUGAGUGCACUGGGGAUCAACACUUCGUUUUCACCAUUCGCCAUGACUCUGCAUCUAUCCCUGUGGAUCCCACUAAGCUUGUUAUUCCGGCCAGUCCAAACUGUAAACCGGUCAUUGUCAAUGACAAGGUUGCAGUCUUUAAAUUCAAAGUUACAGAAUGUGGAACUCGGAGUUAUAUGGUUGGCGAGACAAAGAUCUACUUGGCUGAAGUGCAGUCGGCUGUCCAAGCUCUGAACCUCAAGUACGGCAUUGUUACAAGAAGUGAUCCACUCAGGUUUAUGGUCGAAUGCAGAUACGGAAAAUCGGGAAGUCCUUCAAACCCACUGGCCAGUAUUGGCUUCAUGGUCAAGACUCCAAGUUCUAGCUUACCAUCAGAGGUCACCUCAAAUGGCUUGUAUGGUGUUGAGCUGAGAAUCUCUAAAGAUUCAACUUAUUCAAGCUACUUGCCUUCCUACCAUCAGCCCCUUAAACUGCUCCUGGGCAAGCCAGUUUAUCUUGAACUGAGACUCAAGUCUCCAAAACCUGAUGCGGUCAUUCUUGUCAACUACUGUAUAGCUUACCCUCGGUCUGCAAAGAAUGCACUAGUGCUUGUUUAUGAAGGAUGUGCCAAUCCAUAUGAUACCAGUGUGUCUAUCCUUAAAGUGAACAACCUUCCGAAGAACCGCCACCAGAGGCGUUUUGUGGUCAAAGCCUUCCAGUUCAUGGAUCAAAAGACAAACAAGUACCUUGAUGAAGAAAUCUAUUUCAUGUGCUCGACGGAGGUUUGUAGGACUGCAGAAAAGACUUGUGAGGAACGCUGCUUUGAUGGAAAGGCACCAUAAGGAUUUGCUGCAAAAGAAUGUUGGAGAAGACUAUGAAAUAAGAAAUAAAAGCUUUUAAACAAA